AUGAAUCAGUUUUAUUUUGUGAUAUUAAUGAUAAUUAUUAACAUUUUUAGUCAUUUAAAUGUUGUAUCAGGUGAAUGUCGUACAUUAGGUCAAAAUUGUUCAAAAACUGUAUUUUCUCCAUGUUGUGAAAACUUAUACUGUGGUUUAAGUACAGUUUUUAAUGUAGUGAAUGUUGUUCUAGAAAAUGUAGUUGGCUUAAAUGUACAGAUCCAGUAA